CAUUAAGCCAAACAGCCUUUUCAAGACUGUGGGCUCUGUUAACCCCGCAAGGAAUAUAGAUGUGUUUAUAUAAAUGAUGAAGCCAAAUUUAUUAAAACCACAUCACCUCCUCGAAAUAAUAUUUAAACAUAAACCAUUGUGACGCACAAAUAAUUGUUGGAUUAUACAUUUUUUUUAAACUAAUAUUGUAACAAUUAUUAAUUUUUGAAUUGGGAUUAUAUAUUUAGAUACUUCAUCUUUCCAUAGUUAUUUUUCUAUGGAAAGGAAAGAACCAUAUUUUCUAUAAAAAAAUGGUCAUUGUUAUUAAGUGUUGAUAUAAUCAAGCGAAGCUUAAUUAAUUAGUCUACUAAGUAGAUACAAAAAUUCUCGGAUAGGUGCUAUAUUAAUUACGAAAUUUAUCAUUGGUUUAACUAAAAUGAGAUUUUAAAUAUAAAUUUAAAAAAUGGAGCCAUACUCUGAUGACUUGUUGUGGUUGGUGGUGUGUGGGUUUAUCGUGGCUUUCAUCUUGGCGUUUGGUAUCGGAGCGAACGACGUCGCUAACUCCUUCGGAACCAGCGUGGGCUCUAAAGUAUUGACGCUCACACAAGCAUGUAUCCUCGCUACGAUAUUUGAGAUUGCUGGCGCAGUGUUAAUCGGUUACAAAGUAUCCGACACGAUGCGCAAAGGUAUUCUCGAUGUGUCGUUAUACGCGGGCGACGGAGAGCGUCUGUUGGCAGCUGGUUGCUUAGCGGCGCUGAUCGCAGGAGCGGCAUGGCUGAUUCUGGCGACGGCGCUGCGACUCCCGGUCUCGGGGACCCACUCCGUGGUGGGCGCCACAGUGGGAUUCACCCUAACUGCGAAGGGACCGGACGGAGUUCGCUGGUCGACACUAGGCGCUAUCGUGUUGUCGUGGUUCAUAUCUCCAGUGAUGAGUGGCGCGAUGUCAGCCGGUCUGUAUUGGCUGGUGCGCCGGUUCAUACUCCGGGCCAAGCAGCCUUUGAAGGCGGGGCUGAGGGCGCUGCCAUUUUUCUAUGGAGCCACCGUCGCAGUGAACGUGGUCAGUGUUGUCCAUGAUGGUCCAAAGUUGUUAGCCAUGGACAAAAUUCCAAUUUGGAUAGCGUUGGUUGGAUCAUUGGUCUUGGGCGCGUUGAUAGCUGGAGCUGUGCGAGCCUUUCUUGUCCCUCACUACCGUCGCAAACUCGUCGCGCCUGCAGUCAAUUUUACUUUAGGUUUAUCUAAUGAAACAACGCCAGCUGACACACCCACGCAUUCAAAUAAGAACAGUGUACCACAGCGUCCUACCUCUCUGCUAUCCGAAGAUGGGAAAGUCUUGGAAGCGAUCGCAGAAACCGCCGAAAUGGUCACCCUUAGCGAUGCUGACAAAAUAUCCGUUGGUGUAAGAGAAAUGAACGCCAGGAACCGAGCCCUUUUAGCUACAAUGGACGACUGCAGCAUUCUCUCACGUAGCCUUAGUCCACCAAACAAAUCUAGAUUACAAUUAAUUGAUGCUGACCCUCAAAUUAAUACACUCAAGUACAUCGACGAAACGUGGAGCUGUAAUAAAAGUUUUGACUCAGCUCACAUGGCAGGCAUGGGCGAAAGUUAUGAUUCUAGGAAUGGGUUCCUUGGCGACUCUUGUGAUACGAUAGCUCGCGGGGAGUUCGACAGACUGGCAGCGACGAGAGUUUUGCCGACUGCUGUAGACUUUGACACGCCGCCUCCUAGGUUGGAUAAGGCACCAGAAAGCAGCGCGUGGAACAUCGAGUGCGCCGCCGCGAGCCGGCUGGCCGCCAUCACGCCCAACUCCAGCGCCGCGCCGCUGCUGAGGCCCGCCACCCCGCCGCCCGCCGCGCCCGCCGCGCCCCCUCUGCCCGACGCACUCCGCCUGUUCUCUUUCCUUCAAGUGUUGACAGCUACCUUCGGAGCGUUUGCACAUGGGGGCAACGAUGUCAGCAAUGCCAUAGGGCCGCUGGUGGCGUUGUGGCUGCUGUACUCGGAGGGCGCGGCGCACGCCAAGGCGGAGACGCCGCUGGCCAUCCUGGUGUUCGGCGGCGCGGGCAUCGCGCUGGGGCUGUGGCUCUGGGGCCGGCGCGUCAUCCGCACGGUGGGCGAGGACCUCACUAGCAUCACGCCUGACACGGGCUUCACAAUAGAGCUGGGCGCUGCGCUGACCGUUCUGGUGGCGAGCAAGGCGGGGCUGCCCGUGUCCACUACGCACUGCAAGGUGGGCUCGGUCGUCUGCGUGGGCUACUUCUCCCACAAGGCUGUCGAUUGGAGCCUGUUCAGAAAUAUUAUCUUCGCGUGGGUGGUGACGCUUCCGGCCGCUGCGGGCAUGGCGGCACUCUCGAUGCUAGCACUCGAAGCUUUUGUUGUUUAAGUAUUUAAGUGUGUGCUAGGGUUGCCUGGUUGCCAUGAGCGGGACACCCUGCGUUGUUGAACAUUUUUCCCUUUUUUGAGAAGUUGGGGUAGUACAUAUUCUGACUUGACGACGAAUUGAUCGUUUUUUUGUCGCCUUCUUAUUACAUUAAAUUGUUCAGCUUUAGAGACCAUUACCGUUCGUUCCUCUGCAGUAAGUAUAAAAAUUCGAACAGGCCGGACAGGGCAUGGGCAACCCUAAUCCCGGUUAUGACCUCCGUUAAUAUGCCGGGGCCGCUUUGGGUAAGUUAAAGAUUUUACACGAAGCGACUCUCGACUGAUAACGAUGAUGAAGAUGAUCAUGCAACCUGUGCAAGGAACCUAUACCUACUUAUGUUACGACGUUAAUUAAAUAGACAGAUGAGUUCAACAUUCUUGUUAUAGGGGUGAAUCAUGGAAUUUCAUAUCAUUACAAUAGAUAUUUAUUCAAAUACUUAUAACUCAACGGAACAGUAAGCUCCAAAUGUCAUGUCGUAGUUACUUUUUAAUGUAUCAGGGAUAUAAAGAUAUAUAUUUGGGUAUAUAAGUAUAUCGCACGUCCAACCUUGACAAAUAUCUGUUAAAAUAUGUGAAUCUAGGAUCGCUUACGCUAAAGAUAGCAAGAUAAAAACAAGGAUACAAUAAUUGCUUUGUUCUGCGAUGUAAGUCUUUAAACUGUUCUUCAAACAGUCCUUUGUCAACACAAUAUUAGGAACCCUUCUCACAUUGGGCCAAUUGUUUGUUGAUUACUGAUUGGCUCAGUCACUUAUCACAUCGCCAGAAUAUAAAUUGCCGGCUCGUAAACCGUUUCAGCAGGGUUUCCUCGAAAUACGAGUAUGCUUUAUUUGUAUAAGUGGGUGUGUUUUAAUAACGUAGUAUUCAACACGAUUUGACACGAUCAAAUCACAGCCAUAACUUCCGAGAAAUAAAGUUCGAUUCGAAUACAUGAUGAAACUUUAGAUUCGCCCUUUUUAAUAUCAGUUAAUGUGUUCCUAGUAAAACAGUAAUUCUUUUCAACGGUUCAAAUUUCACUUAUGCUUAUUACCUAAUCUUUAAGCCUCCUUUAAGAUUGACUGUAUUCGAUACCUACAAAGUUUAUUUUAUAUAUAGAUAGUACUUACUAACGUUUUGCAAUAUUUCCAUAUCAGGAUAUAUACUUACCUAUUACCGGUACUAAAAUCCCUAUUAUAAAAACUACAAAGUAAGUACUUCACAACUCCGGCACAUAACAAUAGAGCCUAGUGGGUAACAUUGAAGUAAGUACUUGAUUGUUACACAACUUAUUAGUAUAAAUAGUAAUGUGAUAUACCUACCUAAUGUGAAACCUGUAAAACGAUUUGAAAACUAAAUCGUCAAUUUUAAUGUAAAUUAUGUAUGGCCUAGAUUAUUAAAAUGCCAAUUGAUUCUAGGAAGAACUUUAUUUUUUUAAAGUAAGUUCUGAAAACUUUAUAAGUAGAACAGUAUGGCGGAGAAACAUGACUCCCUUUUCUUAUAAACCAAAAAAAUAGGGGCCAAGUUUCUCUGCCGGUGCAGACAAACCUAGUCUUAACAGUUCUUUUACAUUGUCAAUGUUUUAAGUGUAAAAUGUAAAGAUUAGUACUAACUGUAACUAUUGCACGUAUUUUUUAGGCCCAUCAGUAAUGAAACUUAUCUCAUGUAUAGGUAUGGUAAAAUAUCGAUAAAAGUCAAAUGAGAAAAAAAUAACUAUUAACGACUUACUGCGUUUAUCCAAAUUGUUGUUUUUAUAAACCUUUAUAAUUUUAAAGCCAUUCUUCUAAAUAUAUAUAAGUACUUAUCUUUCAUCCCUGCCAAUUAAAUAAGUUGUCGUUGUGAUAGUUUGCUUUUUUCGAAGCAUUUACCCAAAACUGCGAACCACUGUCUAUUGUAAUAAUAGUAUUAACUAAGUACUGUUAAAUUUAGUAAAAAAUGUGCUGAUUA